GACUAUAGCAGCGUUUAUCGGUUGACUGAGUGUCGAUUAUUGGAUAGCACCGAUCUCUGUCGGUGACAUGUUCCCGACACAGUUAAAAAGUCGAGUCAAAACGGCACAGAAAACGUUAAACUCGAGCUUGAAUCCGUUCCGGUCAACUCGAGAGGAGGGGGUUUCUGGUCUUUCACACGAGCCCGUGAUUGGCUGCUGCCGUGUGACGUCACAGUGUGGACGUGAGCGUUGUGAACGUCAACAAAAGAGAGAAAAGGAGAGAGACGAAAGAAGGAGUAAAGACUGACACAGAUAUGUGGAUUUAACUAACGUAAACAGUAUACUGUGGAUAAAAAAAACAAAACAAAAGUAGAGAUCAGAUCUUCCAGUGCCAUCGGAGACAUGGACGCCUACAAGCUGAUGAAGGAGCUGCGGGUGAAUUACGAGCAGGAGGUGUUUUAUCUCCCCAAAGAGACGGGACUGAGCCUCAUCGAGUCCACGCCACAAGACGACAGUCGUCGGAUCUCGGCCAAGUGCAGAGAUGCCAAAGUGGAGGACCUGUGGAGUCUCACCAGCUUCUUCGGUUACAGCACACAGACCUUCGUCCUGGCUGUGAACCUGCUCGACAGAUUCCUGGCCAUGAUGAGGAUCCAGCCGAAGCACCUGUCGUGCGUCAGCCUCAGCUGCCUGCACAUGGCCGCCAAGGUGACGGAGGACGAGUGCGACCUGACGCCCACCGACGAGCUCAUCCGCAUCGGACAGUGCAGGUUCACCGUGUCCGACCUGUGCCGCAUGGAGAAGAUCGUCGCCAACAAGCUGGACUUCAAGUCCAAAGCCAUCACUGCCUUAACCUUCCUGCACCUGUACCACCAGAUGGCGCUCUCACACUCCACCGACAGGAAGGAGACUCUGAGUCUGGAGAAGCUGGAGGCUCAGCUCAAAGCCUGUCUCUGCAGAAUCUCCUUCUCCAAGGCAAAGCCGUCCGUCCUGGCCUUGUCUCUCCUGAGGCAGGAGAUAGAAGCCGUCCAGUCAGAGGACAUGUUGGAGAUAGCCUGUCACAUCCAGAGACACCUGAAGAUUGCGGACGGCGAGCUGCUGCAGUGGCGCGAGCGCGUGGCCAAGUGUCUGUCGGACUACGCCUCGCCCGAGUGCAGCAAACCCGACCACAGGAAGCUGCUGUGGAUCGUGUCCCGCAGAACCGCCCAGAACCUGCACAGCCACCGCAGCGUCCCCGAGCUGCCCACCAUCCCAGAGGGACGCUGGGACGAGAGCGAGAGUGAGGACUCGUGUGAGGACGUGAUGAGUUCUGGUGAAGAGUCUCUCAGCAGUUCACUGGGCAGCGACGCGGAAGGUCCUUACUUCCCUCUGCACUUCCAACAAAAACAACAACGCAGACACCUCCACGCCUGACUCCUCCCCCUUUCACC